CUUUUUGCAGUUUAUUAGUACAUCUCUUUCGUCUCAGCAUCCGCAAAAGCGUAAAAGAAAGGAGCCACUUGUCAGACACUAUUUAUAGGUUCUUGGUUAGUUCAAUAUUUUCAGAUUUUAUUUGGUUAGUUUUUAGAUUUUUAUCAUAUAUUAUUAAUGGUUUCAGAUCAGUGUAGGAUAUAUCCUACAUAAAGUCCAUACCAUAGUUUUACCCCAAAAAAAUCCAUACCAUAGUUGCUCUGCUUCUUCAUUCAUCGUUUGUAAAAUAUAUUUUAAAAUUGUUGAUUUUCCAUGAGGUCAUCCAAUAAGUUUAUUCUGCUGAUUUUGUCAACCAUAACUCUCAUCAGUUUAGUUACAGAGAGUCGAAAAACAAUACCAUCUCAAGAGAAGAAAAGAGAGUUGGAGAAACUACUCAACCAUAUCAAUAAACCUGCGAUCAAAAGUUUCCAAAGCAAACAUGGUUAUAUACUGGAUUGCAUCGACAUUCAUAAGCAGCUAGCCUUUGAUCAUCCUUUGCUCAAGAACCAUUCUGUUCAGUUAAAGCCUACAACUAUACCUAAAUGGACAAGAGAUAACAAUACUUCUCAAAAAUCAACUUCUCUUCCAUUUCGACAAGAAGAAGACAUAAUUUGUCCACCUGGGACUGUGAUUAUUAAAAGAACUACACUUGAAGAUCUUAUACAAUUCCAACGUUUAGAAUCCUUAGGAUUGAAACCAACUUCAAAGGACAGGAACGAUGAUCCACCUGGUCAUUAUACUGCCGUUGCUCAGUACUAUGCACUCAAUUUUGGUGGAAAGGGAAACAUUAAUGUAUGGGAUCCCCAAGUCGAGCCUGAUCAAUAUAGUCUUUCAAGUUUAUAUGUCCAAGGUGGCCGUAGAGAAGACUUUGAGACCAUCUCAGCUGGAUGGAUUGCAAACAAGAAAGGUUGCUACAAUACAUUAUGUCCCGGGUUCGUACAAGUGAGCCGCAAGUUCCCACUAGGAAGUGUUGCCAGACCAGUUUCCAAGUAUGGUGGUAAACAAUAUCAUCUAGAAAUCAGCAUAUAUCAGGAACGUCUGACAAGAGAUUGGUGGUAUGUGCUAAAGGGCGAGCCAGUUGGGUACUGGCCAAAUCCAUUGUUCAGUUAUAAUGGUUUAGCCGAGGGUGCAGAUAAUGUUUGGUGGGGAGGAGAAGUUUUCAGUGCAGAUAAAAAUAGAAUAAGCCCAAUCAUGGGAAGUGGAUUUGUCCCGCAAGAUGAUUUUGGAAAAGCAGCUUAUAUCAAUGGUCUUAGAGUGAUCGAUCGUUAUUCAAGAAAAGUUAUGAUGCCACCAGCAAAAGAUUUAGUAGUAUACGCAAGCAGUCCAACUUGUUAUAACGUCAAAACGAUAUCACGUCGUGGUGAGUAUUGGUCUAGGGCUAUAUUCUAUGGAGGACCUGCAGGAUGCACUGUUCGUUAACAUGUCUUUAAUUAACAGCCUUAUGCUUCUAGACUAUUAAUUAUGUAAUUUCCUUCUUUUAGACUCAUCUCCGUUAACGUUUACCGUCGAGCUCGUAUCACAAAAUGUCCCUUUAGGAAGGAAGUGAAUUACAAAAGUAUUGUUGGCACU